GCUCUUUACAUUUUGUAGUAGCGCGAUCGCGCCUCUGCUAUGUGCUUUUGAAUGCCCACUGGAAGACUGGAACGAAAAUCGAUUGUUUUCAAAAAAUGGAUACUGUCCAUAUGCGGCGAAUAAUAAUAAUUGCUGUGAUUUUUGUUCCGAUAAUAAUAUGCGUACAAGUGAAAAAGUAUCCUCUUCUUAUGCCUAAUGUUCAUCCCAAUCAUGAUGAAUUGUACCUUUGCACCCCGAUAAAAGUGGUUCCUAAGAAAAGUUUUUAUAUCGUGGGUUUUGAGCCAAAUGCAACUAUGGAAACGGCACAUCAUAUUUUACUUUACGGAUGCACAACGCCUGGAAGUAAUCAGCCGUAUUGGAACUGCGGAGAAAUGGCAGAUUCUCAAGUUGAUAAAGACAUACCUAAGGCAAGCCCUUGUGCAUCUGGUUCUCAUGUAUUGUACGCUUGGGCUAGAGAUGCCAAAAAAUUUGAAGUGCCAGAAGGUGUAGGAUUUCAAAUUGGUGAAGGCACGCCUAUUCAGUACCUGGUAUUGCAAGUGCAUUACGCACAUACGGGAAAGUUUAAAGAUGGCAGCACGGACAAUUCGGGAAUAUUUUUGAUAUAUACGGAGGAACCGAGGAAGAAAUUAGCAGGUGUUUUACUAUUGGGUACCGGUGGAGCGAUUCCCCCUAACUCGGUCACACAUAUGGAAACAGACUGUCGCCUAUUUGAAAAUAAGACGAUAUAUCCUUUUGCCUACAGAACUCACACGCACGGCUUAGGGAAGGUGGUUGCUGGAUAUGCUAUUCACGAGGGUGAUGAUAAAAAAGACCAUUGGACCUUACUCGGAAAACGAAAUCCACUGACACCACAAAUGUUCUACCCAGUGUUUAAUACGGACCCCAUACAUCCUGGAGAUAUACUAGCCGCCAGAUGUACAAUGAAGAGCAAUCGUAAUACCUAUACACACGUGGGUGCCACGAAUUUGGACGAAAUGUGCAAUUUUUAUCUAAUGUACUACGUUAAAGAGGGAACACCAUUAGACAUGAAGUACUGCUUUACACAAGGACCACCAUAUUUCUACUGGGAUACAGAUAAUCAUCUCAAUAAUAUUCCAGAUCAGCAAGCAUCAACUCUAUAAAAGACCAAACUAUGUAUGUCAUUAGUCAACGUAAAAUAUACAUUCCAUCUAAUAGACUUAAAAACAAAUAGAAAAAGAUUUAUUUUUGUGGUACUAUUUACUUAAAUUUCUAGUCUUAUUUGAAUCUGAAAUGGUAGCAUAUUGAAUGUGCAAAUUUAUAAAUAUGGUUGUGAUUGGGCGCAAUACUGCAAUUUUAUGUGGUUAUUCUUUAGGAUACUUAUGUGGCUGAAAGUAGCAUUUAGGUUACUUAAUCUGUUUUGUAAACACGACCAACCAAAGAGUUCCCGUACUUGGUUCAGCAGGUUGGUAUAAUAUGUGGUUUCCCACAUCUACAGUCAUUGAAUGCAGAUGAGCUUUGGAGCAAAACAAAAUGUGGCAUUGCAGACUUGAAAAAAUGAAAUGAAAUGCAAGCGUGGCAUUGUUAAAUGUUUAUGUCAAUUAAUGUUACAUAAAAAGACAUAUCUAUAAUACAUAAAUUCAUUUCUUUGUCCCUUGUCUAGGACUCUGCGUUGAAUUUACAUAAGCCAGUUAACUACACAAAUAUCCCUGUACUAGGAAGACUUUAAAUGAUCUCUAAUUUCUACACAACUCGAAAAUUAAAAUUAAUUUGCAGGGAUUUCAGACUCCUUUCUCUUUGUGAUGAAUUUCAAUCAAUAGAUUUGUAAAAUCAAAAUGUAGAUAUUGGAAAUAACCUCAUAAAAUUAUCGUGGUUCAUUUCGAAUAUUUGCCUUGAUAUGCUACCAAGUUACUUUAUUAUGCAUUUAUAAUGUAACUAUCGCAUAUUGUACCUAAGGAACACCAUAUCAAUUACGAUGUUUAGUAGGCGUAAAAGUGAUCUUAUGCAAAAGUGGCUCCUUUCAAAUACAAAAUUAGUUACUUUGACUGGAAGCUAACAGUAAAUGUGAUUUAUUCUGUACAUUUAGCAUUUUUUUUACAUGUGCUGAAAAUGUUGACAAUCGAAAAGACUCCAUACGAAUGUAAUUGUGAUCUGACUACUGAGUUAUAAAUGUUUAAGUAUCUUA